CCCGCGCCGCGCAUAUCCAUCUCCACCUUCCCAUCGCGCGCGGCUCCCCUUGUCCUACCGGCGCUGCCAUCCAUCGGAGGCGGAUAUAAAGCUCCGGAAGAGGACUCGACUCGCCAGGACUGGGGCAAGGCGCCAGUGGGGGCUGCCCUUUGUCCUGCCGAGGGGAAGGGCCCAGGACUGGGACUGGGGGGGGACUCCAUCGCGCCGAGCCAGAUUCCGUGGAUUCUUGCAGUUUUAGAGUUGCUCCAAUGGAUGUUUUUUGCACUUAUUGAAUCUUUACUUAUGGGAAUUUUUUUGCUUUACAUUCCGAACUAAUAAUGACUGAGUCAUGUGAUUGACAAACCGGUCUAAAAAAGAAUUUUUGGGGUUGACAAGUUUGUGACUUGAGUCCCCUUAAGAAAAGCAUGCUCAGAUAGUGGCUGGCACAGAUACCAUUUCCUUUCAGUAAGACUGUGGACAACGUGGCCACUUGAAAUCUGAAAAUGAGUGCACCAUUAGUUCCCAACAAGUCAUGUUACAAUCUAUUACAGACUAACAGAAAUGAGAUGAAAAAUAACAAUGAACACAUGGUGUCUGUGGGAGACUCAAAUGCCAAUCAAAUCACAUCAGACGUCAGAACCCCUGGAGCAGCAAUAAGGACAAGAAAUAUUUCAGGAGAAUCUGCUUGCUUACAUACCAGUAAGCAAGAAACCAACAGACAACUAGACUCUGAGAGGAACAAUCUUCAGGGCAUCACUGGUGAAUCAGAGUUUAUAGUGUCUUCUACCAUCAGCAAGAAAUUGCAUGCAGAUUGUAGGCCAGAAGGGCGUAAGGACACCUCAAAGCUAGUCACCAUUAGCCGAGGACACAGUUUGUCCAAUCUGAGGAUCAACACAAGUGAUAACUUUUCAGUGGUACUUUCAAAAAGCGAUGCUGACCUUAUUCAGCAUGUUUCAAAGGAAAAAACACUUAGAAGUAUUGAACCAGAAGGAAUAAAACGCCUUUCUUUGGGGAGGUCAAGAAAGCUUAUGGCUAAAACAGAAAAAGAAUUUGUUGGCCGUGUAUCAGGUAAACGCUUGCUUUCUGUAUCCUUGGAUUCCAUCAACACAUCACAUCAUUUGAGUGGAGACAUAGAAAAACCUCAGAAAACUUCACGAGACCAUUUUUUAGGUAUGGUGUUCCAUCCAACUGAUGGUGUGUCAGAAAGAAACAUUGUACCUUAUCCUAAAUAUUUGUCUACCUCAGAAAUGGAAAGAGCAAGCGCCCCAGUUGUACAAUCAGGUGUGGAUGCUGUACCAAAUGCCAACAAACAAGGCCCUCCACAUCAUUCUGUUCUUGACCUCCAUUUAACUGUUAAAUCCAAUGAACUUCGGAAACCAGAAGCACAAAUUGACCAUCAAAGCGGUAAGAGAGGAAAAGGGGAGGUGAAGUGCCCUCUGUCUUCACAGUCGAAGCGUGUGGGUGAGCAAAAAAUAAACAAGGCUAUGUUGUUUGAAUUUCUUGGGUGUCCAGCAGAAGAAAAUAACGUUGUGGUACAGGAUCAAAAGGAUAAGGGGACAGAAAUACACAAGACCAAAUUACAUCCAUUGCCAAAAGAGGAUCUGUUUUUAAAUAAAGGAUUUGACUCGGUUAAUGGAAGUCUGAUAAGGGAGAAUGGCUCUCCAGAUUUAAGAAAAGGAAACAACAGCAAAGCAGCAAGCAAAGCAAAUGAGGAAUAUACAGCUGUAAAAGAGGUAGAUUCUAUUUCAGCUCCUGAUGAUGAUACGAUACGUAAAUUGACAUCAACAAGGAAUGAAAACCUACACAUUGGUAGCACAAGUUGUAUACCAGCAGUUAAUGGGCAUAUGUCUUUUAUGGAUAGUGUUAAUGUGACGGACAGCAAACAUCUGAAUAACUAUGAAACUAAACAGAUUCUACUCAAAGGACCCAGUGAAGAUGUUAUAAUUGCCCAAUCUGAUCCGGAAGCUCCCAAACCACAAAAUACGGAAAAUAUCUCGGUAAAUUUUAGCCUUGUGGGCAGUGAUUUAGAAACCACAAAUUUUUCAGUUCAGAGCAAGAAGAUAGUUAACGAAAAGAAAGAUCAUUCAAACAAUGCACCGGAAAGCUGCAAAAUAAUAGCACAAAGUCCCCCAGCUCCUUUGCGCCCUUCUGCAACUGGGAAUGCCAGUGGCCACAGCACAGUCUCCAACAGCAGUUUGAAGGAACUUUAUGCGCUUCAUGUUGACAAGCUGCCAUCUUCUGCAACCCUACCUCCCAGCGAGAGCACCCAGUUAUUUAGCUUAUCUCCUAAAGUGCCUAAAACUACAUGUAACAGUGGGAUCCCUAAGCCUAUCCUUAUAAAUUCCAAGGGGCCCCUACCAGCCAAUUGCAAUGGUGAGAACGAGGAUAUGGAGAAGCCUGAAGACAAGGUUGAAACUCCGGCCAUUCCCAAGCCCAAACAUGUGAGACCUAAAAUAAUAACUUACAUUAGAAGGAAUCCUCAGGCAGUCAGCCAACUUGAUCAGUCUGGAUUGCCUUGCGUGCCCCCUGCUUGUGGGUUGGCAACUGAACAGAAAAUGUUAAAUGAUGGAGACAUUAAACCAGGCAAUAUUUUCUACGAAAAAUUUAAAACUGACUUUCAGAAGCCUCAGAUUUAUAGUUCCGGAUUUGUAGUAUCUGGCAUUAAAUCCUCAGACCAUCAGUUUGGUCCAAUGGGUGAAAAGUUUUUCCAGGAGGUUGGAGAAAGGCCGGUGAAAGACAAUUUUUGUCCUCCGCCAUAUGCUCACUAUGAGGUGCCUCCAAGCUUUUAUCGCUCAACGAUGAUCCUCAAACCCCAGUUAGGACUUGGUGCUAUUUCCAGGUUGCCAUCUGUGAAGAGCAGGAUUUUGAUUUCCAGUCAAAGGUCUUCAGCAGGCUGCAUCCAUCCUCAAGCACCAAUACCCAGUUCAACGCUAUUCCAUCCUGACACUUCAG